AUGGUAAUUGGCACUCACUCUGCCGACAGGUACCUGGGGUUCUUUGUGGGCAGUGAGGUGUGCGCGGUUAUUGCCCAUGGAGUGUGCCCUGAGAUGUUGGAGAUUGAUGGAAGUCUGGAAGAGCAAGAGGAGACCAAGUCCUUCAAGAAACACAGCCGCCCCCAGAAGGGCAAGUUGCACCUGGAAAGGUCCAAAGCGAAGAAAGCGAAGAUGGUGCGAGCGGCGGCGGUGGCGGCGGCGGCUGCGGCGGACUCUCAGUCGGAAUCGGAGCCGGAGCUGGAUGCGGAUUGCCAGGAGAGUGAGGGCUCAGGGGCUGAGCUCUCAGCUUGUUACGGCAGGGACACCAGGCUGCCUUCCCCCGACCCGAAGCGGGCAGCUCAGCUGACGGCGGCCGUCUCGCUGUCCAGCCGCUCGGCCCCGGGGAGACCCCCGGAGGAGUCCGACCACGAGCUCCUACUCUUCGACUUGAGUUUGAAUGUUGCGGCGGGCGCCGAGCUGUUGGAGGUGAGUGCGACCGGAGCUGGAGGCGGCGGCUUGGCGCUGGACAAGGACAUGGAACCGCUGACCAGCGGCUGCAGCCCCGUCUCUCACUUCGAGUUCCCCGAUUACGGGACCCCGGAGGUGCGGAAAAUGAUCUCAGGAGACUGGCUGGAGAUUGAGUCCAACAUUUCAUAUUAAGAAGGGCAGAAGGCACGGCGUCUCCCAGCGCUGAGGGAUACUGGAGAUUUACAAAGGACCGACUCACUCGAAUAUAUUGGAUGCAAAUCUUAGCUUGAGGGGGCUCCCUCCCCCUUUUUCUAAUCAACCCUUCCUCCGGCAAGUGGAGUCCCAUCUUUUCAGGGUGCUUUAGAGAAAGUGGCUGUCCGCCGAAUGAUAAAGAGCACAAUUAGUUAUGGUAGUAAAGAAUUUCUUAAUUUUAGAGAUUGACUAAAAAAAGGGAGACGCAUAUGAUUGAAUG